CCCAUCCCACUGGGAGCAACUCUUAUGGGCACGCACAGGACCCGGAGCCCCACGGCCACCAACCGCCCCACGCUCCUUUGUCGCCUCUUGGACCGGAGAGUCCCCCUCCAGAGCACGAAGACUUUGUUACCGACACCGAGGUAAGUUAGGUUUUGUGUCUGCGGCCCGACCCGGAGUGUCCACUGGGUGAUCCUUGGUUCCUUGGUCCUUGGUUGACUGUGGACUCUGCAUUUGCCCCCUCCCGCAGUCGAUGCGCAGUGACUAUGAUGAGGACUUCAUGGAUUCCUAUUCGCUCUCUUCCAGUAUCCUCGACUACCAGUAUGAGAAUGGUCGUCGAUACGCCAGCUUUCGCUCGGGAAACUACAUGAUGCCGAAUGACGAAGAGGAACAAGAAAGGCUGGACUUGACUCAUCACAUCUACCUCAUGCUAAUGGGAGGCGAGUUGUUCAACGCCCCCAUCAAGAACCCCCAGAAAGUGCUCGACCUGGGCACAGGGACCGGCAACUGGGCCAUCGAUUUCGCCGACCAGUACCCCGGUGCCGUCGUAGUGGGCAAUGAUCUCAGCCCCAUCCAGCCCGCCUGGGUGCCCCCCAACGUGGAUUUCUUCGUCGACGACUACGAAUCCGACUGGCUCGAGAAGAUGAAUGCCUACGACUUCAUCCACUCCCGCAACCUAGCAGGCUGCGUCGUCGACUGGCACCGUCUGAUUCGACAAGCCUACGACCACCUCAAACCAGGUGGAUACCUCGAACUCCAAGAGAGCGCCGUCUGGGCGUGGAGCGACGACGGCACGCUCAGGAUGGACUCGCCGCUGAUGGAGUACCUGAUGUCGCUGAACGACGCGGCGCACAUGAUCGGCCGGGAGCUGAACAUCUACAUCGACCUGAAGCCGUGGCUGAUCGCGCACGGCUUCGAGGACGUGCACGAGCAGACCUACAUCCUGCCCUUCUCGCCGUGGCCGCAGGACCCCCGGCUGCGCGAGAUCGGGCGCGUGCAGGCCGCCAUGGUCGAGAAGGCCGUCGAGGCGUAUGGCCUGCGGCUGUGUACGCAGGUGCUGGGCUGGAGUCAGGAACGGACGAAGCUCAUGCAAGGCUUGGUGCGCCAGCAGUUGAAGGAUCGGUCCUUGCAUUCAUAUACUAAGAUUAAGGUUGCCUAUGGGAGGAAGCCUUUGAUUUAGCUGGACAGCAAUCAGCAACUGGGUGUGGUUUGGCGUUCUGGUCUAAUGAACGGUCUGGAAGAUCCUGGUUGACACAGUGAGAGAUGCAAUACCGGAUCACCGGGUUCGCGAUACAGAGCUAGGGAAAAAAAAAGCAAUGGGAUA